CAUGUAUGUAUAGUCAGUUUAUAAAGAGUCAAAUUACAUAACAUUUGGAUGCUUCAAUAAAUUGAGCAACUCGAUGUUGAGAAUCUUCAUUUGUGAUUUGAAAUGCAUUUCCUCCACUUGCAAGCUGCACUUAAGGACAAGCUUCACAAACUCUUAAGCCAAGAAGAAGAACAUUCGCAAAAAACCGACGUCUUCGACAACAUCUACUCACCAUUUGUCCUGUUUGGUAUCUUCACUUGUCUUGGGUGUGUCCUGGGAUAUGUGAACUAUUUUAGAACCGAGCGGCGCCGUCUUCACCGUUUCGCUAGUCAACGUCAUUCGAACAUUUGAUUUUUGGAUAGAAGAUGAAAACAACAGAAAGAAACACUUUUUCACUGCCGAUUUAAAGAUUAUUCUAGAUUAUCAAAGAUUACUUUAUGACUAAUUUGUUAAAAACUCUAAAGUCACAAAAAUGAACAGAAUGUUUGAAAGCAUUAUCAAAAAAUAAUUAAUAUUAACAUACGUUUUUAUUAAUAAUUACAAUGUGAUUCUCAACUGUGUUAACAUUUUUUGCAUAUUCAAAUAAAAUUCUUAACUUGUUU